AUGCGCAUAUCUCUUUACGGACUGCGCAAUGCCUUCCCCUUUUCAAGACUCGUCAGGCAGCUUGAACAAGAGAUGGAAACCGUGGUUAAGGUACUGCAACCUGGACCAUUGGGAAUAGUGGAGCACAAGUUCUCUGCUGAGGAGAUACGUCAGGCAAAUGCCAUUGUUCGCAUUGCAGUAGACAAUUGGCGGAGGAAUGCUAAAUUAGAGCAGAGAAGCAGCGUUCUAAAAGAUUAUAUUCAGUAA